AUGGCAGCAAUCGGUACUGAUGAUGCUGCCACCGUCUUGGACCAGUUUUGUCACGAUGUCGCAAACUUGCCCGCUGAGAUAGCGCAUUUACUGGAAGAAAUUCAAGCCAAAGAUCAACAUAUCCAAGACUUGCGCGAAGUCAUCAAUUCGCGCGACAAACAAAUCCAGAAUUUUGUCAGAGCCCAGGGUGGCCACGUCAAAAAUCCCAAGGAAGAUGGCCUCACCAAAGUCAUCAUGGCAAACUUUGAUCGCAUUGAAAUUCUGCAAGCUGAGAAACUGGGUCUGAGUGAAAAGGCCAUGAGAUUGAUGCCUCCAGAUCCAACAUUGCCAUCCUUGUUGCAGCCCGAAGCUGGCAGCCUUGCUACGACCAACACUCCAUCCGUAGCCGCCGCCAUCAACUCGGCUCAAUCUGGUGGUGCGCCUAAUGUUGCGAAUGCCGCCAUUGCUCGUUUACAUGCUACCAACCAACGAACAUCAUCACCUCUGAAUGCGCAGAACGCGCUACUUAACCAAGCACAUCUCAACAGCCCGUCAGCGAGGUCACAGCGGGAAAGCAGCGCUGACGCAUCGAAACGCCGUCGCCUUAACAGCUCGAUGACUGGCAACAUUCCAGCCACUGCUUCAUCUCUUAGACAGUCGUCACUCGGCCCAACUUCUGGUACUCCAAAAGCCGGCACACCCGUUCCAAGUUCUAGUCGUGCUGGAUCUGCUCAGCCUAACAAGAAAGCACCUCAUAACAAGAGAAUCGCGCCACACCAGGCAUCUGCCCCUGGUUCUAACAGGAAGCGAAUUCGAUCUGGUAACGCAGCUUUGAAGAAGGGAGAUCGCAAGCGUCAUCUCACCUCACCAACACCUUCUUCUUCGCGAGGUAGUGUCAGUCCGACACCAUCGACCUUGCCUCUUGGAACAGACGGUACUGUAGAAUCACGCUCGCGUCUACGCGGCACCCGAGCGGCUUCUGCAGCAUCUGACGAGGAAGGUGAAGAUGCCGAACCUGAUGCUGAAGGAGAGGAGGAUGACACUCAAGUCUAUUGUGUCUGCCAGCGAGUGUCAUUUGGUGAUAUGGUCGCCUGCGAUAACGAUGACUGUCCACAUCAGUGGUUCCAUUGGGGGUGUGUCGAUCUCAAAGCAGAACCCAAGGGCGAGUGGCUCUGUCCACAUUGUCGUGAGCUUCCUCGCAGCAAGAUUGUCAAGACUUCGGACAAAUAA